GUUGACAUCACUUCAAGAGAACCAACAUGGCGGAUCAAUAACAAACGCACUGUACAUACUCUUGUUGUCAGCUAUGUAAGUACUUGAGGGAUAUCGUGUGCAAUGCGUGGUUCGUUGUCUUAUUUGAGGGUCGAAAUGAACUUAAAAUACCAGCGGUGUAUCGAACGCCAGGGUGUUGUAAUCUUUAGGAUAUCCACUGUCCAGGGAGAGCGAGGUUGCAGCUAGCUAACUCGGGGCUAGCGUCUCUGAAGGGAAGUUGUAUGGGCUUGCUAGCAAGCUAUCUUUCUAGUAACAACAGCACCGAGGACUCGCACGCCUGAAUUUACCCACGAUUUAGUGCAUGAUAGGAGCGAGUCUGAAGAUGGCAGACAAGAAAAGCAAAUCCGCAACGGUGAAGAAAACAUUAACUAAAAAGGAACAAAAUGAGAUGAAGAAAAAGGAGGAAGAAAAAGCUGCAGAAGUCUUUGAAGAAUUUCUGGCGUCGUUUGACAGUGGUGAUAAAAGCAAUGUGAAGACUUUUGUCCGCGGUGGGAUUGUGAAUGCAACAAAAGAGGAGCAAGCAGCGGAGGUGAAGAAGAGUAAACUCUAUCGACCCUCUACCAAGUUCACACCCCCUGUGUCCCACAAUGCUGUGCCACCGCCAUCAUCACCAGACCUCAGAAAGUCUGCGGUCAAAAAGAAGACAGAGGAGAAGAAGAAGAGCAACCUGGAGCUGUUUAAAGAGGAGCUGAAACAGAUCCAGGAGGAGCGUGAGGAGCGGCACAAGAGGAAGAAGGGCGACCCGGGGGGCAGCAGCACCCCUGAAAUCGAAAUGCCGCCCGCAUGGAGGUCAAUUUUUGACGAUGAUCCUGCAUUGCCUAAUUCGACAAAUCUCUACAUCGGCUGCAUCAACCCCAAGAUGAAUGAGGAGAUGCUGUGUAAGGAGUUUGGGAAGUACGGCCCGCUGGCCAGCGUGAAGAUCAUGUGGCCCCGUACGGACGAGGAGCGGACGCGCGUCUCCAACCGCGGCUUUGUGGCCUUCAUGACGCGCAGGGAUGCGGAGAGGGCCAUGGCCGCCAUGGACGGUAAGACGGUGAUGGGCUUCGAGAUGAAGCUGGGCUGGGGCAAGCCGGUGCGCAUCCCUCCCCAGCCGCUCUACACGCCCAUCGGGGUGCUCAAGACCUCCACCCCUCCCCCGCCCUCCGGCCUGCCCUUCAACGCACAGCCACGAGACCGAUUCCGCAACGACUUCACCAAACCAUGGAGUCGCUCCAAAGACGAGUUGGACAAGACUCUGUCCGAAGCCGUAGUCAAAGUGGUUAUCCCAACAGAAAGGCACCUGUUAGGCCUCAUCCACAGGAUGAUCGAGUUCGUGGUGCGGGAAGGACCCAUGUUUGAGGCAAUCAUUAUGAGCAAGGAGAAGAGCAACCCAGACUUCAAGUUUCUGUUUGAGAAUAAGAGUCAGGAGCACGUGUACUACCGCUGGAAGCUCUUCACCAUCCUGCAGGGUGAGUCUCCGAGCCAGUGGCGGACGGCGGAUUUCCGCAUGUUCCGCGGGGGCUCACUGUGGAGGCCCCCCCUCCUCAACCCUUAUCUCCAUGGUGACGAGGAGCUGCACGAGGACGCCUCACCUCCCAGUCACGAGGAGGAGCUGAGGAAGGGCCAGCUCAAGGCCGAGCAUCGAGAGCAGCUGGAGAUGCUGCUGCAGCGCUUGACUCCGCGUCGUGAGGAGAUCGGGGACGCCAUGUUGUUCUGCCUGGAGAAGGCCGAGGCAGCUGAGGAGGUGGUGGCAUGCAUCGCGGAGUCCCUCUCCUUAAUACAGACGCCACUACAGAGGAAGGUUGCCAGAUUAUAUUUGGUGUCCGACAUCUUAUACAACUCUUGUGCCAAAGUAGCCAACGCCUCGUACUACAGAAAAUACUUCGAGUCUAAAUUGCCGCAGAUAUUUGGUGACAUUGGUGAGGCGUACCGAAACAUCCGCGCUCGACUGCAAGCGGAGCAGUUCAAGCAAAAGAUCAUGUGUUGUUUCCGGGCGUGGGAGGACUGGGCCGUGUAUCCCGAGUCCUACCUGAUCCAGCUCCAGAACGUCUUCCUGGGCCUCUUCAAGCCAGGAGAGGACAUCGCCGAGCCGCCAGAGGCGUCAUCUGUUGACUUGGACGGCGCUCCUCUGGACGGCGCUCCCCUCGACGGUUUGCCCCUGGACGGGCUGCCAUUGGACGGGCUCCCCCUGGACGCGGUGCCGCUCGACGGCACGGCUCUGGAGGACCUGGAUGGCUCGCCCAUCACCUGGGACGCUGCGCUGGACGGCGCUCCGGUGGACGACAUCGACGGCGUCCCCUUGGGAUCCGCUAUCGACGACAUUGAUGGAAUGCCAUUGGACGAGGGCUCGGGCCGAGGCAGACGUCUUCCUCACGUAGCCAGAGUAGCGCUGUCCAAGUGGGAGCGAGUCGACGACGCCGAACAGCUGAAGAAUACAGACGCAGACAGCAGUCUGAGUAGAGAUGAUGACAGUAGGGACUCUGAUGAGGACAGCAGUGACUCCUCCUCCAGUCCAUCAAAGUACGACGCUGCAGAUUUCAAGAGCUCCACUUUCGAGUUCUCCGAGAGCAAGAGGACUAAACUACGAGAACUGGAGGUGAAGGUGAUGAGGUUCCAGGAUGACCUGGAGUCUGGCAGUAAGGCCCGCAAGGCCGGCAUGAGCCUGCAGGAGCAGAUACAGCACUACAGGAACAAGCUGCUGCAGAAGGAGUUUGAAAAGAGUGAACAGGAGAAAAAGGACAAAUCAUCGCAGAAACAAAAGGAACGAUCAAAGAAGGAGGAGAAGAAGGAGAGAACAGAAGACCGUACAAGAGCGAGGGACAAGGAGAGGUGUAAGAAGAGUGAAGAUCGCGACAGAGGAAGAGACUCAGAUGACCGGAGAGAAAGAACAAAGUCGCGGUCUCCCAAGAAGUUGAAGCGUUCGCGGUCUCCGUCGCCUGUCCUCCGCAAGUCUCAGCGCUCAACGUCCCACUCCCCGCACCGCUCGCACAAGAAGUCCAAGAAGAGCAAACACUGACCUUUUGAACUUUGACCCCAUGAUUGUGGACACCUUAACCUCCCCAUGAGCUGCUGGAUAAUAAGGGACAUUGGUGGUGUGAAGUGAAGCGGGGUGAGAAACUAUGAAACUAUGACAGUGGGCUGAUGUCUGAUCAAAUCAGAUGAUCCCACUUUGCAAAAAAAAACCAGACAAAAACAAAACGAGACAACUCUAAAGAACCAAGAACCACCACACGGAUUGCUUUUAGUUCCCCGCUGAGUGCACCAUCAGGAUGGAACUGUCUGGACUCUCCUACGCUGCUUUCUGUUUCCAGGACUGCUCCCAGUGCAUCAUGGGUACCGUACCUGGUUACCAUGGCUACCUUACCUGGUUACCAUGGCUACCUUACCUUGCCUCCACCCUCCCGCUGCCUUCGUGACAACGCUACUCCAGUCGCCCGGCGCACCGCUGAACUCUUUUUAUAUGACUUCAUGAGGUUCUACUGGUGUCAUUGAUCUGUACAGGCUCCAUUUUUUUGUGUUCUUUUACUUGUUUUUAUUUGGAAUGUGAAGUGAUAUUAUUAAUAAUAUUAUUGUUAUUAUUUGUCUCUUAAGGUCUUUUGAAUGAAAGUGAAAAUGAAAAUGUU